GUGACUUGGUUAUGUGUUAUUAUCUCCAGGUAUGUCACUAUCUUCUAUGCGCUGAGAUACCACAACAUCAUGACAGUGAGGAGAGCCGGCUGCAUCAUCGGGGGAAUCUGGACCUUCUGCACGGGCUGCGGGAUCGUCUUCAUCAUCUACUCAGACACAACCCCGGUCAUCAUCUGCCUGGUCUCCAUGUUCUUUGCUAUGCUGCUCAUCAUGGCCUCCCUCUACAGCCACAUGUUCAUGUUGGCGCGUUCUCAUGUCAAACGCAUCGCCGCGCUCCCCGGCUACAACUCCAUCCACCAGCGGGCCAGCAUGAAGGGGGCCAUCACGCUCACCAUCCUGCUGGGGAUCUUCAUCGUCUGCUGGGCUCCCUUCUUCCUCCACCUGAUCCUGAUGAUCUCAUGUCCGCGGAACCUCUACUGUGUGUGCUUCAUGUCCCACUUCAACAUGUACCUCAUCCUCAUCAUGUGCAACUCUGUGAUUGACCCACUGAUCUAUGCCUUCAGGAGUCAGGAGAUGAGGAAGACUUUUAAAGAGAUUAUCUGUUGUUACAGCCUGAAGAACGCCUUCACCAACAUCUGCGCUCUAACAGGUAAGUACUGAGGGACACAGACUAUGAAACCAAUGACAGGAUUUGUAGGAUGAACUACUGAAUCUGACACUGGAGCAUAACCAUACGAGAGUAUCAAACAUACACUUUGUGAAAUGGUUCAUUGCACUUCUCAGCAAGUACAGUCUUUGGUCAAGACUGUGUCUUCUCUCAGGAAUUACUUGGAGAGGGGUCCCUCACAGUAUGUAAGAAGGUUACCCUACUUUCUAAUGUAUCCUCCAUGUAUACAAAGUGGCUAGCUGACAUUACAGUAUUUGAACAGACGGACAGGACCAUUUGAAACGAUGAUUAUUUUUAAACUGCAUUAUAGAAAAACAGUUUGUGUCCUGCCUUUCAUUUUAGAGGAAAUGCACUGUUCUUUAUACUUUUGCUUUUUCCUUUUGAAAAGAAGAAAAUUACAAGCUAAGACAGGAUAUCGUCAUGUUCAUUACUAAAACAAGUGAACCCUACCGUAAAUGCUGUUUUUGUAUUCAUUGUGGGAAUUAAGUUUAGCAGGGAA